CGAAAUACGUUAAAACAAUACCUGAGCUAAACAAUAACCGUCUUCCGAAAAUAUUUGAAUUUGAUGGAUUACUUUCGUCAAUUUCGCCAAUAUUUUGAUCCUAACAUAAACAUGCACAGAUUUACAAAUCCCUACGAGGCUAUAAAGGAACGCUCAUAGAUUGAAUUAUCUUGUUAUCUGUGAAUUGUGGGAGGUAGUAUUAGUUUCUGUCAGAUUUUGAUUCAUUUUGAAUCUAGUGGAAAUUAUUGCGGGGAAGCUAGUUGGUCGGGAAUACUGCUUAUUGAAAAAUGAAGAGCAAGUACACAAGAUGUGGCUUCCUGAAACUAUCGACCCUCCCCUCCUACUUCUGGUUCUUCCUGUUCGCAGCAUCGAUUUUCCUUCUCACUCUGACGAACCUGAGACCAGGAAUGGUAGAUUUAGUGCCAGAAACUCCUAGGGUGGAAAUCGGGGACAACCAGAAGGGGUACCUCAUCAAAACCAAAGGUUGCAAAAUACCAGAAUUACCAAUAACCAACAAACACCUAGAAAGUUACUUCGAGUUCAAGUACGAGGGUGCGCAUUGCAACAAAGAUAGGCCCCCACUAGUAGCCUCAAAUUUAACCUCCCUGUUCGUUCUGAAGGCAUCCUUCGGGAGUUACAACAUAUCCCAGAGGAGUUCCCUACGUUGCUGCUACGAAGAACUGAUGAGGAAAGAACCCAAAGAAGGCCAGUCGGAUCGGCAGUACCAGUUCAGGAACGUAUGCAACGAAUUUGAUGACAGCAUAGUGGUUGAAGAAGAAUUUGUUCACGUUAAAUGCACCUAUAACCACAAGACAAUCUAUGAAGAUUUCUUCGCUUUUGUACCGAUGAAGACUAACAUCCCCCGGGAUUUUAAUAGGGAGAAACUAAAUGUUUUGAUAAUAGGCAUCGAUGGGAUUUCUAGAAUCAACUUCCAUCGACAAAUGAAGAAAUCCGCUGGAACCUUGAAGAAUCUAGGUUUCCAAGAAUUCCUCGGUUAUAACAAGAUCGCUGAUAAUACUUACCCCAAUUUGAUAGCUGUCCUGACUGGUGAUGACGAAAAGACCAUACUGGAAACCUGCAGAAGAUCUGAGAGAUACUACGAUAACUGUUCCUUCAUAUGGGACAACUUCAAGAACAACAAAUACGUCACCUCCUUUUCCGAAGACUCUGCUUGGAUGGGAAUAUUCAAUUACCAAAAGUACGGGUUCAAGAAACAACCCACAGAUUACAUGUGGGGUUUCUUCGACCGCAUCAGCGAGGAUCUCCUAGGGAACUCCAAAGAUAUGAACGUCAUACAGUGCAUAGGGGCCAGGGAAGGUUACAAGAUGAUCCUCCAGUACAUCAAGGAUUUCGUGCAUAAAAUGAACCAUUGGAAACUCCCCUACUUUUUCUUCUCCUGGAGCUCCAGUUUAUCUCACGAUUACGUCAAUAAGCCGAGGAUUGGGGACCAAGUUUACUCCGAUCUUUUCCAAGGAAUGUACGACAGGGGGUUCUUCGAGAAUACCGUGGUGAUAGUCAUGAGCGACCACGGUAUAAGAUUCGGCUCUUUCAGGGAGACCUACCAGGGGAGGAUAGAAGAAAGACUACCCUUCCUCUUCGUCAGGCUACCUUUGGAGUUCCGGGAACGUUACCCUUCAGCCACCUCGAACCUCAGGACCAAUCUACGAAGACUCACAACGCCUUUCGACCUUCACGAAACUCUGGAAGAUCUCUCGUUUCCGGAAAACCUCAAGGACGACUUCCUGGAAAACGGCUUGAGGAAAUCCAGGAGUAAAUACGGUUUGAGUCUAUUCGGAAAGAUACCCUCUACAAGGACCUGCGAAGACGCUGGUAUCACUGACCAUUGGUGCACCUGCCUGGAUAGCAAACCCAUCGAUAUAACAGAGGAAGUGAGGAAUGUAACCAACUUCACCAUCGACUACCUCAACGGCCUCCUCAAAGGCUACGCGCAGUGCGCGAAGUUGCAUCUGAAGACGAUCAGAAACGCCCAACUCUUAUCGCAUGCUGAGGAAACCUUGAAGUCCAAGGGACACGUGAAGGAUUUCUUGGUGAGCUUCGAGACAGACCCUGGUGGAGGUUCUUUCGAGGCUACAGUCAGGAAAUCGGAGGGUAAGAAGAUGGAGCUUGUAGGAACGGUGAGUAGGUUGAAUCUGUACGGGAAACAGAGCGCUUGUAUCACUGACUUUCAUCUGAAGCUGUAUUGUUACUGCAAGACAGUGUGGAGUUGAUUUUGGGGUUGUUAUGGGAGAAUUGGAGUCGAGAAUAUGGUGAAUUUCAGGAGAUGGAUGGUGCUGUGAAGGGCAUGAGAGGAGCUGAUUGAGAAAGUCGAAGAUUUAGAGCAAAAAUAUAGGAGGAUGAUUUUCAAUCCACAACUUUUGUAAAAGUAAACUGAGGCUCGCCAAUAAGAACUGCUUCAUUUUCUUUUCUUUUUAUUUUUUUUCCAGAUAUAUCCAACACAGAAGGAACUUCUCUAUUUUUGUGGUUGUGAGUUUUCAUUUAUUCCUCUGGCGAACCACUAGAGAAGUGCUUCAGAAAAAAUGUGUUGCACUAUGAAAAAUAUUGAAUCCAGAGCAUCCAAGAUAUGCUUGAUAAAUUUGAUAUCUAGCUCAUAACUUUCAUUAAAAAAAGAUUAACGAUAUUCAAAAAUUACACUAAAUUUCUGUGUGAAAAUCUUCAUAGUCGAAAAUGAAAAUAUCAGACCUGACUCCACGAUCAGACAGAAAGAUUUUUGGCUUUCAAUUAUGUUAGUAUGAAAUUUUUCUACAGGAAUUAGUAACCAAGAAGAGAUUUUUCCAGACAAUUUGUUUCUCAUGCUCAAGUUCGUCACUAAUUAAAUAUCAUAAGAAAUGAUUAUGAAGUUUUAGUAUCAUCAUACUUAUGUAUCGUGAUAUCAUCAACAUUUCUGAAAAUAUUAUUCAUAUUGAAUAAAAACAUAAUAUUUCCAAUGAAAUAAAGUGCUUGACAAU